GCUCCCGAGGGCGCCAGUGCGGCCCAGGGAAGCGCGAGAGCCGGCGAGCGCGCGGCCUGCCGUUGGCGGCCUAGUUCGCCGCGCUCAGCUCCCACCCGCCCCGAAGUUGGGGCCGUAGCUCCGGGGAAAAUGGUGUCCUGGAUCAUCUCCAGAGCCGUAGUGCUGGUGUUUGGAAUGCUUUAUCCUGCAUAUUAUUCAUAUAAAGCUGUGAAAACAAAAAACGUGAAGGAGUAUGUCCGCUGGAUGAUGUAUUGGAUUGUUUUUGCCCUCUACACUGUGAUUGAAACAAUCGCAGAUCAAACAGUUGCUUGGUUUCCCUUGUACUAUGAGCUAAAGAUUGCCUUUGUUAUAUGGCUACUCUCUCCUUAUACCAAAGGAGCAAGUUUAAUAUAUAGAAAAUUCCUUCAUCCACUUCUUUCUUCAAAGGAAAGGGAGAUUGAUGAUUAUAUUGUACAAGCAAAGGAAAGAGGCUAUGAGACCAUGGUGAACUUUGGACGGCAAGGUUUAAACUUAGCAGCAACAGCUGCUGUCACUGCAGCAGUGAAGAGUCAAGGAGCAAUAACAGAGCGUUUACGAAGUUUUAGUAUGCAUGACUUAUCAGCUAUCCAAGGUGAUGAGCCUGUGGGACAAAGACCCUAUCCGCCUUUGCCAGAAGGAAAAAAGAAGAGCAAGGCAGUCCCCAGUGAAUCAGCAGCUUAUGGAAUUCCACUGAAAGAAGGAGGUGAGAAAACAGAUGAAGAAGUGGAUGGGCCAUAUUCGGAUGAUGAGAUGUUAACACACAAAGGGCUUCGAAGAUCCCAAAGCAUGAAAUCUGUGAAAACCGUCAAAGGCCGCAAGGAGGUGCGGUAUGGUUCACUAAAAUAUAAAGUGAAGAAGAGACCACAGGUGUAUUUUUAGUCAUCUGCACUUCAAAUAUCCCAAGAAAAGUAAUGAUGGGGAUUGUAGCUCAUUUUCUAACAGGAUAUAUUCAGGAUUUACACAUUAAAAUAACUCUUUAAA